AAUUCGAAGUUGGCAGCCCUGCUCUCUUCGGUCUCUCUCUUUCUUCGCUAUUCUCUCUUCUCCAUCUUGUCAGUUCACUCGCGUCUUUUGUCGAAAUUUGUUCACUUUUGUGCAGUGCUAGUGAAAAAUCGCAGGUGAGAGAUGGCUCGUACCAAGCAGACAGCUCGUAAGUCAACUGGAGGAAAGGCUCCAAGGAAGCAGCUGGCCACCAAAGCUGCCCGCAAAAGCGCCCCAUCUACUGGUGGUGUGAAGAAGCCCCAUCGCUACCGUCCUGGAACUGUAGCUCUUCGUGAAAUUCGUCGCUACCAGAAAUCCACUGAAUUGCUCAUCCGCAAGUUGCCGUUCCAGCGUCUUGUUCGUGAGAUUGCGCAGGACUUCAAGACCGAUUUGCGCUUCCAGUCGGCCGCCAUUGGAGCUCUCCAGGAGGCCAGUGAAGCCUACUUGGUUGGCCUGUUCGAAGACACCAAUCUGUGCGCAAUCCACGCCAAGCGUGUAACCAUCAUGCCCAAGGAUAUCCAGCUGGCGCGGCGAAUCCGUGGAGAACGCGCCUAAGUUCUCUUCUCACACUCCAUGUGGACACAUUUGUUCCAGAGUUUUCUAUUUCUUUGUAUUAAGACAAUUUCAAAUAAGGUGUACUAUCUGGCCGGAUCGCGCGCCCCAAAUUACAAAUUCACAAAAAGUUGAAGCAGAAGGAAUUUCAAGCGCCGAUCCAUAAAUUUUCUUUUCUGUGUUUAGUUGAAUUCACAAAUAAAU